GCGAGAGGAAGAUCAGCCAACCGAUCCAAUCGUCUGAGUCCUCCCGUCACUCGACAAAGGUCCGUGGAAAUCCGACCAGAGAUGCCUAUGGCCGAUGCUAAUGGAGCGGCUCCUCGGGUGAUGCUGGAUGAUAAAGAGAGGGAGGUCCAGAACUUGCGACAAGAGAUGCUCAAGAUUGGAGAAACAAAGAAUUCAACUGGUGAUGCUGGAACCCUGGGUGUAAGCAGGUGGCCGAGCGACACUGGUGCAGCCGCCGGCAUUUUAAACCAUGGUCAAAUCUCAGGAUUGGAUGAUGCGCUAAGCAGAAGAGUGAAGACUCUGGAAAGGGCGCUGCAGGAUGGGGAAAUUAUGAUGGCAAAGUUGAGAUCAAGAGUAAGGGAUGCAGAAGCUGGAAGGCGAGACAUGGAAGGAAAAAUGGCUGAGAAGAUAAAGGAAUUGGAAGUGGACAAGGAUGCCUUGGAGUGUAAGCUGAGACACCACAGGGAAGAUGGAUUCAUCAAGACAAAAGGUCUUGAAGACGCUGUCCGCAUCUUGAGCGGGAAGAGUAACUUGCAUGCAGAGUUUGUGCGACUUGAGACAGAGACUUCAAAGGUGCGAAUGGAGGAAUCCAGAUUGAAGUCUGACUUGCAGUUUGCAGAGGAUCGACUGGCAGGGGCUCUGCGCGAUUUGAAAGAGAGCAGGAAGCGGUUGACAAAUUUACAGGCCCUGCAAGACGACAUGAGCCUCUGGGUAGGAAUUUCCAUCGCCUCGAAAUUGCCGAGUCACUGCACGGCUGGAAUGAUGGAAGCGGAGCAUGGUGACCUUACUGGAUCAUCACAACCACGGAGUCUGGUUGCGGAUGAUGGGGAGAGGGAAACCAAGAAGAAUGAGGAGGGCAUAGCACACAACCCAGUGCAGAUGCAGGAACCAAGACGGGGAUCCGGUGACAUACAUGUGGCACGACUUGUAGGAGAACUAAGGGAGCGACUGGAUUUACUUGCUUCAAGAGACGAACUGGUUGUGAGUCUCGCUGCACGAGCAGAAACUGCAGAGAAAGACGUGGAGGAGCUGUCCCUGAAGUUAGCGUCUAUUGAACAGAAUCGCCAGACAAGUAGUGGAGGAGACGACAUACUUUCCCCCAACAGUGGGGAACACAGAUACGAAGUUUAUGAAUUGCAGCUGGCAGAAAUGCAAAGGCAGAUGCGGUUACUGGAGGAUGAUCUGAAGGCAGCGUGUGAGGGACGGGAGAUGUUGCAGUUGGAAUUUGACAAGGUCCAAGUUCAACUUGGUGAGGUGGAACAACAACUGAUUGAAGCAAAUUCCAAGCUGGCGGACAGAGAGAGAGAGUUGAAGGUUACCAAAGAAGCGGGAGAGCAACAUGCCACAACAGGCAACAUAUCGCAUAUGUCUGAGAUAUUGAUGAUGGGAAAACAGAUAUCUGAGGCAGAAAGGAAAUUGGAGGCAACAAUGGCGGAGCUGAAGGAUGCCAAUGAGAGGGCAAGAGCCCUGCACAUGGAGAAUGAUAGGCUCAAGGUCCUGGUUGCUGAUCUGAAUUCACAAAGGCAGAAGCGGGCAGCAGGGAAUGAGGAGAAUGUGGUCAAAGCAGAGAUUGCAGCAAAGAACGCAAAGGAGGAGGUAGAGAGGUUGACUUCCAUUGUGCAAGAAAGAGGAAUACAAAUGGCUAUCUUGAUGGAGACCAUGGACACACUACAAGGCGGUGACGACAAUGAGCAGGAACAACGGAUCGUGAACCUGACCACACAGUUGACUGCAGCCAAGGCAAUUGAGGGUGAUCUGGAAAGGAGAACCAUCCACCUUCAGGUACUGGGAAUGAACCUUCAGGACAACCAGGUCCUUUAUAUCUACUCACGUGCUUUACCUGAGCCUGUUCGUGGACAGCUCGUGGCAGAAUCGAAGGUUGGAAAGUAUAACUAUCUGCAGUUUCACGAUCUCGCUCUCCAACGAGAGCAAAUGACCGCGCAGAGAGAAGUGGAGAGGGUUCUACAGAAAAGCAUGCGUCAAGACCUAGAGCUGCAGUCUGCUCUCAACGUGCUUCAUGAGAGGGAGGGACACCUAUCUGCUAUGGCAAAUGCUGCAGAGCUGGCGAAUCGAGAGGCAGCUGCAGCAAGAAUAGAGCUCAGAGCCAGGGAAGACGACUGCAGAGCCCUUGCCCGCGAGGCUGAUGAGCUUCGACAGGUUGGAGCAGCGGCAUUGAGGAGCAACCGCGCUGCGCUAUUUUAGGUUCAGCGCAGCACCGGGAACCUGUCUCUUAUACACAUCUAGAUGUGUAUAAGAGACAGGUACUCCACCCCCAACAUUUUUUUUUUUUUUAAAUGGAACCUCUCGGUUCUGGCUCCUGACAUCCUGAGGAGCAACAGUCCGGUUCCUAUUCCCCCGGCAAGUCAGUUAUGAAUACAAUGAAAACACACGCACACUCCUCCCCAUUAUGGCUGAGAGACCCGAGUGGACGGCAUUGAUUACUUCCCUGGGGAAGGAUGUACCACCCCUCACCCCUUCCUAAGUUAGCCUAUAUCCACUACCUCCUGAUCCUAUGAGUUGCCUAGCUCCUAGCUCCUCUCAGCUGAGUGCUGUCGGAUAAACCUGAACACUAGAG